AUGCUGAGAACUGGAACUGCAAGAAUCCUGAGCAAAUCUAGCUACUUAUGUGGUGGGCUCAAGAUUCGUAAUGCUAUGAGAGGAAGAAGACUUUACGCGCAAACAACGGCUCUUGGGAUUGAUUCCAGCGUUGAAAAUAAUAUGCAAACCGAGACGAAUAGAGUGUCGAAGACAAUGCAGAAGUUUUGGAACAAAGUUUCAAUCGAUGAAACUGGUAACGAAAUUACACUCAAACUUGACAAUAAACCCGUUAGGACGCCAUUGGGCAACAAUUUGACGAUCCCACGCGACCGUAGACUUCUGGGUUUGGCUUUGGAGCACGAGUGGUCGAAUUUGGCAUCGUUGUCGAUCAAACCUCAUUCUUUGCCUGUCACGUCUUUGGUCUCCCGGUGCAUAGAUCUGGAAUACGCCUCGAAGCCCAACGCUGACGCCGAGGUCGCUGCUAAAAUCGGGGCCGACAGAGAAGAGAUUUCUCGUACUCUACUUCGGUAUCUCGACACCGACACAUUGCUGUGUUUUUCGCCCAAAUCCGAGUUUGAAGGCACUCUUAGAGCAGCUCAAAACAAACUUUAUCUCCCGUUGAUCAAAGCUGCCGAAACGUUUUUGUCCAGCGUCGCAAAUAAGCCUAUCACUAUUCAAAUUCUAGAUGCCGAUUUACAUGGGCUCAGAGGUAACGCUCAGUCCGAAGAUACAAGAGAGGCAGCGCUCAAAUACCUGAGGUCUUUGUCGGUGUGGGAUUUGGCGGUGUUCGAGAAAACAGUCCUGACGGCAAAGUCGUUUAUUUGUGGACUUUUGCUGCUUCAGAACAAAGCCGGCACUCCAAGCCCGGACCUUUCUUUCACAAUGGAGAACCUCGCACAUUGUGCAACUCUAGAAACUGUCUAUCAAAUUGAAAGAUGGGGCGAGGUUGAAGAUACUCACGACGUGGAUUACAGGGACAUAAGAAGAAACAUCAAUGCCGCUGCCAUAGUGGCAUACAGGGAUUGA